AUGACCUGCUGGGAGCUGAGUGGGACAGCCACACACGAGCUUGAAGCCACAGCCGAAGGAAGCUGCCUGUUCGUGACUGUCAGGGCUUCAGAUUUCAUGAGUAGACUAAGCUCUGUGUGGCUGCUAUGGCUCCUGAUUGCAAGGUUCCGCACAGAGACAGUGAAUUACCACAUCUAUGAGGAAGAGACCCCGGGGACAGUCAUUGGUGUCCUCUCUGAACACUCUAUGCUUGAUUCAGCCAUUAAGGUUCCCAGAAAUUUCCUCCUGAUGAAGCAGUUCAACAAUUCCCUGAUCCGGGUGAAUGAGGCUGAUGGAGAGCUUACCGUCGGGGAGAGCGGUAUCGAUCGAGAACAGCUAUGCCAGCAGUCCCUGCAAUGCACACUGGCUUUCGACGUGGUCAGCUUCUCCCAGUUAAUCCAUGUGGAAGUGGAGGUGAGAGACAUCAAUGACCACACCCCACGUUUUCCAGCCUCUGAGAUCUUUGUGGAGGUAUCCGAGAGCGUGACUGUGGGCACCCGCAUCUCCUUGGAAGUGGCCGUGGACGAGGACGUGGGUUACAACGCCCUCCAGAGCCUGCGUCUGGUUGAGCCACACAGCUCCUUUUGCGUGGAGCUGCAGACUCGAGCUGAUGGCGCCAAAUGCGCUGACCUGGUGCUUUUGCAGGAGCUGGACCGUGAGAGCCAGGCUACUUACACCCUAGAGGUGGUGGCCCAGGACGGUGGAAGCCCCCCGCGCUCCACCACAGCCACUCUCAACGUUCGGGUGCUGGAUGCCAAUGACCACAGCCCAGCCUUCCCACAGGGCGCUGUCACCGAGGUGGAGCUGGAGGAGGACACUCCCGAGGGCUCCCUGCUACUCGACCUGGACGCCACAGACCCGGACGAGGGCCCCAACGGUGAUGUAGUGUUCUCCUUCGGUGACCGAACCUCGCCUGAGGCGCAGUUCCUUUUCCACUUGGACCGGCUCUCAGGCCGCCUGACUCUGGCUGGGCCGGUGGAUUAUGAACAGAAGGACACCUACGAGUUGGACGUGAGGGCUCAGGACCAAGGCCCAGGGCCGCGUGUGUCCACUUGCAAGGUCAUUGUGCACAUUCUCGACGUGAAUGACAAUGCGCCGGACAUAACCAUCACUCCACUGGCAGUGGCCACGACCACCGCCUCCGACCCCUCCAACUUCUUCGCCUCUCCAGUCUCGGCCUCCUCUGCAGGACCGGGAGGCCCAGAGCCUGGAGUGGCUUCUCUGAUCCCGGAGGGGGCGGCUCAAGAGAGCCUCGUGGCGCUGGUCAGCACCUCGGACAGGGAUUCCGGCUCCAAUGGACUGGUGCGUUGCGCCCUCUAUGGACACCAGCACUUUCGACUGCAGCCGGCCUACGAGGGCAGCUACCUAGUGGUGACAGCGGCGCUCCUGGAUCGCGAGCGCAUAUCGGAGUACAACCUGACUCUGGUGGCCGAGGACCGCGGCUCCCCUCCACUGCGCACUGUGAAGCCCUAUACCGUGCUCGUGGGAGACGAGAACGACAACACUCCGCGCUUUGCGCGUCCCGUCUACGAAGUGUCAGUGACAGAGAACAACCCUCCAGGAGCCUACCUUACCACAGUGGUCGCUCGCGACCCAGACUUGGGGCGUAACGGCAAGGUGACCUAUCGGCUGUUAGAGGCCGAGGUGGGUCGGGGAGGGCGCCUGGUCUCCACUUAUGUCUCUGUGAACUCAGGCACUGGGGUACUAAGGGCUCGGAGGCGCUUUGACCGUGAGGAGUUGGCCGGGCUGGAGGUGGGGCUGGAGGCGCACGACGGUGGUUCUCCAGCCCAGUGGGGCCGGACCGUGGUGCGGCUAGUGGUGGAGGACCAGAACGACCACGUGCCCGAAGUGACUUCCCCACUGCUUUCCAAUGGCUCAGCUCGGGUGCCGCUGCCCCACGGGGCGCCCCCGGGCUUCCUGGUCACCCAGGUGCGGGCCCAAGACGAGGACGAGGGUCCCAACGCCGAGCUGACUUACAUCCUCACCCACAGUGACGGCGGCCCCGGGGAGCUGGCGCUGCACCCGCACACGGGCGAGCUGUCACUGCGGCAGCGGCUGUCUCCUUGGCCCACCGACCCUCUCACCUUGGUGGUCACAGUGCGGGACGGCGGGCGGCCGUCCCUCUCCUGCACCGCCACCCUGUCCUUGGUCCCCGCGCCUGCCUCUCCCCCUGGCGGAAAUGUGAUGUUGGUGCCACCUCCACCCCUGCCACCGCCUUCAAGAGAGGAGCUGGCUGGGGCGCAGCGGGGGCGGCUGCAGAGAGAUUCCGGGUGGAGUCCUGACCUCUCCACUAUCUGCAUUGGGGCGCUGGCCGGUGGAUGCGGGCUGCUGCUCGUGGCCAUCGUCACCGUGGCCUCCUCGUGCCAGGGUAGGGGCCUGGUCGGGAGGAAGGCGUUUUUCAAGUGCAGUACGAGAUUAGAACUGGCCAGCUCAGACAGCCGGACAUUUGGCAGCCAGGGGUCUCCUGGAGGGUCAGAUAGUAAUGACUUUGAGAGCCUCGAAGAGUCCUACCGUCUUUCUGCCACAGAUGAAGUCGAGGAAGAGGAGGAGGAAGAGGAGACUUUCAGCGCACCUCCUUCCAGGGACAGUGGGGUGUCCCUUUCUCCCUCGUCUCGAGAGAGGAAUAAGACUCCUAAGUCCCAGGUACCCCACUCCCCAGCCUUAGAAAUUCUAGGAACUCUUACCACAAGAAUUCUGACUCAGUGCCUGCUGGAGCUUGAGUUUCUGCAUACCCAUUCAAGACCAGAUGAAUUCAGUGUGAAGGACAGUGGGAAAGGAGACAUUGAAUGUAAUGACAAUGAUUCUGAUAUUAGUGGAGAAGGGGUCAAGAAAAUAUCCCUUCACGUGGCUGAAAAGCAAGCUGCGCUGAACUUUGGAAUCAGACAGCGAGUCGAAUUCAGGUUUACCGUGUUUGCUGCGAGGGGACCGCUGGAUGCUAACGACUCUGGUCCAGCCACAGCACUGGAUAAACGUAUUUAG